CCGCGCGCCAACAUGGCUGCGCCCAGGGGCCGGGAGUAAGCGAGGGCGCCGGAGCGAGCACGGGAGAGUAUGCCAUGGACAGUGAUCACCGAAGUAGCUGCAGACUCAGCAAAGCUGAGAAGAAGUCUCUGAGGAAACAGGUCAAAGCCAGACACACAUUGCUGAGGCAUGAAGGCAUUGAGGCAGUGACCCAUGCCACCCAGAGCCUGGUUGUCGCCAAUGGUGGUUUGGGUAACGGCGUCAGUAGGGACCGGCUGCUCCCCGUUGUAGAGGAGUAUGGCCCUGUGGAUGCUCUCCUCAUGCCACCUAAUAAGCCCUACGCAUUUGUGAGGUACAGAACGACGGAAGCAUCUGGGAAAGCCUAUGCUGCCCUCAACGGAAAAGAAAUAGAGGACGAUUUAGGACAGAAGAUCAUUCUGUACUCGAAUUUUGUGGAAAAAGUACAGUGGAAAGAAUCGGGAUGCCAGGCCUUACCUCCAGGCCUCACAGUGAUAGAAAAUAUUAUUUCUUCUGAGGUUGAACAACUGCUUCUAGAAAGUAUUAAAUGGACCGAAGAUAUAGACAAUCAAAAUUUUCAGAAAUCCUUAAAACACAGGCGAGUGAAGCAUUUUGGUUAUGAAUUUCACUAUGAGAACAACAAUGUGAACAAAGAUGAGCCAUUACCUGGGGGUCUUCCUGACCCUUGUGAUAGCAUUUUGGAGGCAUGGUUGAAGGAAGGUUUCAUUAUCUACAAACCAGAUCAGUUAACUGUAAACCAGUAUGAACCUGGACAUGGGAUCCCGCCUCAUGUGGACACACAUUCUGCUUUUGAGGAUGAGAUCAUUUCUCUCAGCCUGGGCUCGGAGACCGUCAUGGAUUUCAAGCACCCUAAUGGCGCCACAGUGCCUGUCAUGUUGCCUCGUCGGAGUUUGCUAGUGAUGAGGGGAGAAGCGAGGUACCUUUGGUCCCAUGGAAUCACACCUAGAAAAUUCGAUACCGUUCGAGCCUCCUCAGGUCGCACAGGCGGAAUCAUCCAGAGUGAUGCGGGAGACUUGACUUUACGCAAGAGGGGGGUACGGAUGUCGUUCACCUUCCGGAAAGUGAGGCGCACGCCUUGUGACUGUAGGUACCCUCAGGCCUGUGACAGCCAGAUGGCGGACACUGCCCCCUCGUUCCCAGAGAGUGACAAGGAAGCCUUUCAGCUGGAGCGGGACCAUGUCCAUCGAGUCUACGAGGAGAUUGCCGGGCACUUCAGCAGCACUCGGCAUACCCCCUGGCCACGCAUCGUGGAGUUUUUGAAAGCCUUGCCAGCUGGUUCAUUAGUGGCAGAUAUUGGCUGUGGAAAUGGAAAGUAUCUCGGCCUCAAUGCAGAGUUAUUUAUGAUCGGCUGUGAUCGCAGUCACCGUCUUGUGGACAUCUGUAGAGAGAGGCAGUUCCAGGCCUUUGUCUGUGACGCGCUGGCAGUGCCGAUCCGCAGUGGCUCUUGUGACGCCUGCAUCUCCAUUGCCGUUAUUCACCACUUGGCGACCGCAGAGAGGAGAGUGGCGGCUCUUCAGGAGCUUGUCCGACUGCUGAGACCUCGGGGGACAGCACUGGUGUCUGUCUGGGCAAUGGAACAAGAGCACGACAGUAAGAAGUCCAAGUAUCUAAAAGGAAGUGGAGCUGGCCUUGGAGAAGAGAGGCCCCAAGAUGGUGCCUCGGAACAGGCAACUGGGGUGGACAAGGGGCACCCAACCUGCUCUGAGCCCUCGGACAGCGGCCCCGCCAGGAUGGCCAUGCCCCCCAGACUGCCAGUCCACAUGAAUAGGACCUCCUUCCAUUCCCAAGACCUGCUGGUUCCCUGGCACCUCAAGGGAAGCUCCGGCAAAGACUCGGGGUUCGCGGCACCCGGAUCCCCGGGGCCAGUGCUCCAUCGCUUCUACCACGUGUUCCGGGAGGGUGAGCUGGAAGGUGCCUGUCGGGCUCUGCAUGACGCCAGCCUUCUGCGGAGCUACUACGACCAGGGGAACUGGUGCGUGGUGCUGCAGAAGCACUGACGAGGGUGCGGGGCCAGGCCUGGGGCGAAUCCUCGUUGGAAUCCCCCACACCACCUGUGGCCCUCUGAGCACUGCCAGAGUGAGCCCUGAGCACAGAGUCAGGAGCAAUCCCAGAGUGCAACUGGGUGUGGCUCCCAGCCCCCGAACAAAACCAAACAAAAA